UGUACCGGAUGUUAGCAUGUCUGGCAUGUUCGUUAGAUCCCUGAAGAUCGUUGCCGUUGUGUCGGCCUACUGGGCCGUUUCUAUUUCUCUCGUUUUUCUCAACAAACAUCUGCUUAGCAGCGACGACAUCAAGCUCGAAGCGCCUUUGUUCAUCACGUGGUAUCAAUGUGUGGUUUGCGUGGGCGUGGCUAUUGGUGUUGGGCUUUUGGCUCGGAAGGCGCCCGAUACGUUUUCUGAAUUCUCAAUUAGGUUGAAGACUGCUAUUAGCAUAAUGCCUCUUUCUAUUGUUUUUGUUGGAAUGAUUUCGUUCAACAAUUUGUCUCUUAAAUAUUUGGGUGUGGCUUUCUACACGGUCGGCCGAUCUCUGACGACCGUUUUCAACGUUGUGUUGACAUAUUUUGUAUUAAACACGACGACUUCCAUGCAAACUCUUCUCUGCUGUGCAGUCAUUAUCACUGGAUUUCUUCUUGGAGUUAACCAAGAGGGCAGCACCGGCCACCUCUCAUAUGGUGGAGUCAUCUGUGGCGUCAUGGCAAGUCUAUUCGUCGCUCUAAAUGCCGUCUACAGCAAGCGUGCUCUCCCACUCGUCAACAACAAUCCUUGGAAACUCAACUAUUAUAACUGCUUAAAUGGCAUGUUUUUAUUCAUUCCUUUUAUGGUGUUAUUUGGUGAGGUGGACGUCGUCGCUUCUUAUCCUCGUCUGACGUCAUCUGAUUUCUGGUUUGUGAUGACGUUUACUGGGAUCGUUGGGAGUCUUCUGGGUUUUGUUGCUGGACUUCAGAUCAAAGUGACGAGCGCUCUCACGCAUAAUAUAAGUGGGACGGCGAAGGCUUGUCUUCAAACUGUGAUGGUCGUUGUUAUCAACAAGGAGGUUAAGUCGUUUUUGUGGUGGUUGAGUAAUGCAAUGGUUCUUGUUGGAUCGGCUGUUUAUGUGAUGGUUCGACGUGUGGAGAUGAAGAUGGAAAUGGGGGUAGAAAACAAAGAGAAGGAAUCGGAUACGGAAGAAGAUGCUGUUAGGAUUGAGACGAGUGAUGAUGUGAAAAGUAAUUUAUGAGAUAGAAAUCUGUAGAAGGAGAGAAUAUAUUGAGUAGUCAUAUGUAUGUGGUAUACACGGUAUAUGGUUUGUUAUUCAAUAUGAUUUUUAUUUAGUGAG